AGAUACCGCGGAGCGCGGCUGUCAGUCGGGCCGGGACAAGGAACUCAGAGCACAAGCCAGACGCACAGCGCACCCGGAGCUACAGCAUGGAGGUGCUGGCUGCCCUCAAUCUGGGCGACUUCGCCCAUUACUUUUCCAAAAUGGCAAUGUUUCCCGUCUUCGAUCUUGCCUAUUACAUCGUAUCGAUCCUCUACCUCAAGUACGAACCAGGAUCGGUGGAAGUGUCCCGCCGCAGUCCCGUGGCCUCCUGGCUCUGUGCAAUGCUCUACUGCUUCGGGAGCUACGUCCUGGCAGACAUCCUCCUGGGCCACUCUCCUAUUGACUACUUCAGUAACAACUCUCAUGUGGUGCUGGCAUCAGCUGUAUGGUACCUCAUAUUCUUUUGCCCUUUCAACAUCUUCUACAAGUGUGUUGCCUUCCUGCCUGUUAAACUGGUUUUGGUCGCCCUGAAGGAAGUGGUGCGUGUGCGCAAAAUUGCUGCUGGUGUUCAUCAUGCACACCAUGCCUACCAUCACGGCUGGUUCAUUAUGGUCCUGACUGGAUGGGUCAAAGGCUCUGGUGUGGCACUGAUGGCCAAUUUUGAACAACUCAUUCGUGGUGUCUGGAGACCAGAGAGUAAUGAGAUCAUGUACAUGUCAUUCCCCACCAAGGCUAGCUUUUAUGGAGCCAUCCUCUUCACCUUGCAGCAAAUGCACUGGCUUCCCGUGUCCAAGUCCACCCUCAUCUUCCUCUUCACUCUCUUCAUGGCAGUUUUGAAGAUCUUCAUGACAGCCACUCACUCCCAUGGCUCUCCCUUCGCCGUGAUCGAAGGCCUAGUCUGCCCCGUUCUGUUCGGGUCUGCUGCCGGGGGUGACAACCACCACAAUGGUCACGAUGCCUCCCACCAUGCAGUGGCAGCCCCUGCGGCCCCACCAUCUCCAGCCAAAACGAAGGAGGAGCUGAAUGAAGGAGUACGCAAGAGGAAAGCUAAGAAGGCUGAGUGAGGGCAACUGAAAAAGGGACUUGACUGGACUCAAGUGGUAUCGUCCCACAAUGUUUUUAAGGUGUCAGCCAUGGCCCUUUGGAGAGUCUGCAGUGUUGGUCAACCGUUACAUGCCAUCUCCACCACUUUGGGGGCAGGAGACAGUUUUAAAGUCUUGUGCCCCAUUCAAUUGUUGUACAUGCUGGACUGGAAGCUGGUAACUCCUACUGGGCAGCACUCAUUUGUAAUAAAAUCUUUCUGAGCUUCUAAA